AUGGGCGACAUUCCGGACAGAGCCGCCCCGGCGGUUGUGACUGGGGGUUACUCGGUUCCUUUCUUUAUCAACGGCGAGGAAGUUCACCCGCAGACCAAGUUCCAGAUCACAUCGCCUAGAACUGGCGAGGUCGUCCACCACUGUGGCAGCGCAACCGAUGUCGAGGUUUCGGCUGCCGUGGAUGCAGCGGCAAAUGCUUUCAAGACGUGGAAGAACACCCUCCCACGGGAACGCCGCGACAUUUUCCUGAAGGCCGCCGAUAUCCUCGAGAGGAGAAAAGAGGAACUUGGCGAUUAUCUUAUAGAGGAAACGGGCUCCCCGCGGCAGUGGGCCGACUUCAACAUUGGCGUGACAAAGGAAUUCCUCAUCGACGUGGCAGGUAGGCUCUCCUCGCUGGAAGGGUCCAUCCCCACGACAGAGGACCCGACUGUCGGCGCCAUGGUGGUGAGGGAACCGUUUGGUGUCAUCCUCGCCAUCGCCCCCUGGAAUGCCCCCUAUAUCCUUGGCAUGCGCUCAGUGCUGUUCCCGAUAGCAGCGGGCAACACGGCCAUUCUGAAGGGAUCUGAAGCCUGCCCGCGAACCAUGUGGGGGCUCUGCUCGGUGUUCCACGAGGCGGGCCUGCCGGCCGGAGUCUUGAAUCUGAUUGUGCACGAGCCGGCGAAUGCGGCGUCCAUAACCCAGAGGCUAAUUGCGGACCCCAACAUCAAGAAGAUAAACUUCACUGGCAGCACGGCAGUCGGGCGCAUUAUUGGCAAGCUGGCGGCCGAGCACCUGAAGCCAGUGCUCCUUGAGCUCGGAGGCAAGGCGCCGGCCAUUGUUUGGGAAGAUGCUGAUCUGGAGAAUGCGGCGGUGCAGUGUGCUCUGGGAGCGUUCCUCAACUCGGGCCAGAUCUGCAUGUCGACCGAGCGCAUCCUCAUCCACAAGAACAUCCGUGCCGAGUUCGAAAAGAAGUUUGUCAGUGCCAUCGACCACAUCUUUGGCUCGGAGCUGCCCGUCUUGAUCAACAGUCUCGCCGUAGAGAAGAACAAGAAGCUGGUCCAGGACGCCGUUGGCAAAGGUGCCUCGCUCCUCUAUGGAGACGUGAGCGCCGAGGAAGCCACCAAGACGCAAAUGCGCCACUUCGUCGUCAGCGGUGUCAGCCCGGACAUGGACAUGUAUAAGACGGAGAGCUUCGGGCCGACUGUGUCGCUGAUCGAGAUCAAGAGCGAGGAGGAGGCGUUGCGGAUCGCCAACGACACCGAGUACGGCCUGUCGUCGGCCGUGUUCACCGAGGACUUGAGAAGGGGGCUGCGGUUCGCCAAGAGGAUUGAAUCGGGGGCGGUGCACAUCAACAGUAUGACGGUCCAUGACGAGACCGCCCUGCCACAUGGCGGCGCCAAGGCGUCGGGGUACGGGAGAUUCAACCAAUCUCACGGCAUGAACGAGUGGGUGAGAACCAAGACCAUUACUUACAAGUACUAA